GUCAAAUAUAGAUCUUCACACAUGCAGGCUGGUGCACGCGAUCCGCAAUAUUUGUAUUACAUAUCAUUCACAUAUGAUACAUACAAUGAGAUGCAUGUCACUCUGAACCAUUGUGAAUACAUCGACAAAACUCAAUGACAAUCUGGACAUAGAGGUCUAACUUGCAAAGUUUAUAACUUCCAGAGUUGCACAGAAUGGAUGGUAGCGGAAGAUGGUGUGGUAUGCCAGCUUGGUUGUUUACGGUGGCGCUCAUGGCAUUCACGGUUCAUAUCGCACAAGGAGAAGAUCCAGAUACCACUCCACCGAAUGUGACGUGUACUGACGUCACAACGAGGCCCUUUUUACCGAACAGUUUUCUUGGACUGAAUGCGGGUGUUGAAUACACGUACGAGGAUUCAAACCCUGAUCCCAGUGGGGUUACUUAUAACGUAACCAAAGGACCAAGCGGAGAUCUGUUCCCGCCCGGACGCACCCCGGUGACGAUGUACGCGGUCGACAUAUUUGAUAACGAGGCGACAUGUCUUUUCUACGUGGAAAAUACGCUGACUGAGCUACCAGUGAAUUGCCCAGACCUGAACAGAACGGUCGCCACUGACAUGGGACUGCCCACAUAUUCUUACACCCCUUCCAUAGAGGCCAGUGACGUCACAAAGUCCACUUCCGGGUACAGAUACCACGGAGAUGCAGUUUCUGUGGAUCCUACAACGGCCAUUGGUAGCAAGCUAGAUGUCGGUACCCAUCUAGACACAGUCUUGAUUUCGGAUGAGGUGCUGAGUAAGACGUGCAUAGGGUAUAUUGUUGUACAGGAUAUAGAAAAACCCAACGUGACCUGCCCGGCAGAUAUCACAGAGAGUUCGACCAAUGUCAUCCAAUAUUCUGCUAAUGUAUCUGACAAUGUCGGUGCUUCCGUAACCUAUUCCCCUGAGCCUGGUAGCAGAUUUAAUCCUGGUGUUACUGCGGUGUCUGUUGUGGCCCGUGAUCAGGCUGGGCUUAAUGACACCUGUAGCUUCGUGGUCCAAGUCAGCAUUAGCGAAUUACCAGUGGAAUAUAUUCCUCCUCAAGAAACUAUCCAACUCGACUCUGCAGACGCGACCUGCCAAUACCCACCUAUAACAAAAGAUGAUCUAACCCUGAUGGAUUCGACAUAUCAGUUCUAUGGUGACGUCACGGUUGCUGUCCUGUUUAAUGGCACGGAGAAUAAUACCCUGUCUUUAGGAACGUACAUCCUCACGAUCUUCAUUGAUGAUACUGUCUUUAACAAGACGUGCUUGACUGUGAUACAAGUAGAGGAGAGGCCGUCUACAAACGGACGUUCGGAUAUCACAGAGAGUUCGACCAAUGUUAUCCAAUAUUCUGCCAAUGUAUCAGACAAUGUUGGUGCUCCCGUAACCUAUGCCCCUGAGCCUCGUGGUGAUAGCAAAAGUUCGGGCUUCUCCACAGCCGAGUUAGCCGUCAGUGUGAUAGUCCCGUGCGCUGUUGUGCUGUUAGUCGUCUUUGUGAUCGGGUUUAGUGUUUACUACUACAAGAAAAGUAAGGAAAGACGGAAGAUAAAAGUCAGUCGAACCGAUGGAAAACAGAGUUCUAGCACGAAGACUUCAGAUGUUUAGCAGCCAAUUUCCUCCGUACUUUAUGCAUCUCGGCCAACGAGGGAAAGAAGACCCCGGCGAUCCCGUAUGCGACUGCCAAUUUAAAGCUACUAUUGAGCUCUGUGGAUCUUUUGGCGAGAGAUCAUGGCUAUAAUAAUAUUCAUUCCGGAUUGUUUAUCCUGCAGUAGAUUGAUUGUUUGAAUCAGUAAAAUUAAAACAACCUCACAAAAAUAACAACACUUCAUUAUUGUGCUUGGCAGACAUUUUAACAGUCUUGUGCCCAUGCAUGCAUGGUCCUCCUAAGAAAUUCAUAAUGAAUCCGCAAAGUGAUUAAGGUGCAUUUCAGUCAAUCGAAUUGAUUUAAAAUUGUAAUUAUUGACUAUGACGUAACGUACUGAACGCUUAACAUUUCGACACCGUAUGACAAGUCUGUUGCAAAUAAAUAUAAUUGAUGUGUAUUCAUGAGUACGAAUACAACGGAGGGUUUGCAAAAUUAUUAUAGGCUCUAAUUUUAUGUCAUAUUCACAUGCAUGUCAAGUAUGCAAUUUAAGUACACUUGAGGAAAGAAGACUAGUACUGUGUAUACAAUUUGCAAAAUCUUUAGCAACUCACCCAGCAUGCCAGAACUGGCUACCUUCAACAACAAAAAUUAGAAUGUCAUUACGUCAGACUCCUACAUAUCAUAAUUUCAAAUGCAAAACCAAUCGCUUCAAAAAUAGCCCUUUACCAUAUUUGAUCAAUCUAAUUAACCAUAAUUAAAUGCUUUUUUAACUACAUGUUAAUUUUCAAACACAGUACUAGUCUUCACCUUAGUCGUGUUUAGUCUUAAAACCCAAUGUAUUCAUUCUAAACGAAAGUAUAAAUCUUUCUUUUGUUAUAUUUUGAAUGUAUUUUUAACAAUCUUUUUAACGUGUAAAUAUUUAAAAAUGCAACAUGUCACUUUAUUAUUAUGUCAGCAUGUAAACAUGAAUAAUCCAGCUUCUGCUGCUUUUCAUGUAAAAUGACAAUUAUGAUGCAUGUACUUUGAAAUUAAAUAAUAAACCAUUAUUGAAUUGAAUUGAA